GGCGUCGAAGCUGUGAUUGGGCUUGUUUUAAAAUGUUUUGAUCCUGCAGAAGCCUUAUCAUUGAAUGAAAUCAACGUUUUUAGACUAGUAAUUUCACCGGACUGGAUACAAGUUUCGAAAAGAAGGAGAACACGGAGAAUUGAUCAUCUUUCUUGAGCUCACGAAUGGAAAGCCUCUGGGAAUACUCCGUCUUCCUCAGCGCAAAUGUGGUAGCCUGAGUUAGAGAUUUCUGAGGGUUUAGCGGUUACGAAUUCUGUGAAAUGGAUUCCUUCUUUGUCGAGGGGGCCCAUGUCUGGCUGAGGGACAAGGAGCAGCUCCUGCCCUCCACAGUGAGCUCCUGCCAGGAGGGAAAACUGGUCCUCACCACCCACUACGGAGAGGUGGUGUUCCUCCAGGAGAAGCAGCAGGUCAGAGAGAGGGUGCUUCUCAUGCAGCCCAGCAGCAUCCAGGGUGUGGAGGACAUGUCCUGUCUGGACGAGCUGCACGAGGCCGCCAUCAUGCACAACCUCCACCUACGCUACACCCAGGACCUCAUUUACACUAACAUUGGCUCCAUUCUAGCUGCGGUGAACCCCUACAAGCAGGUCCCAGGUCUGUAUGACUGCGCCGCGGUGGAGCGCUACAGUCAGCACCACCUGGGCGAGCUACCCCCUCACAUCUUCGCUGUGGCUAACGAGUGUUACCGCUGUCUGUGGAAGAGACACGACAGUCAGUGUGUGCUCAUCAGUGGAGAGAGCGGGGCAGGGAAGACAGAGAGCACCAAGCUGCUGUUGAAGUUCCUGUCAGUGAUGAGUCAGAACUCUGCUGGUGCCCCCCUGUCUGAGAGGAGCACCCAUGUGGAGCAGGCCAUCGUCCAGAGCAGUCCUAUCAUGGAAGCGUUUGGGAACGCCAAGACUGUUUACAACAACAACUCCAGCCGCUUCGGGAAGUUCAUCCAUCUGCACGUCUCUGAGAACGGAAACAUCCAGGGAGGAUGCAUCAUCGACUAUUUACUAGAAAAGAACCGGGUGGUGAGACAGAACCCUGGGGAGAGGAACUAUCACAUCUUCUACGCUCUUCUGGCUGGCGUCCCCAGAGAACACAGAGAUGUCUACUUCCUCUCCGAGGGUCCAGAGUCCUACCACUACCUGAGCCAGUCUGGCUGUGUGACGGACAGAAGUCUGGAUGACAAUCAGCUCUUCAACAGCGUCAUAGAAGCCCUGAAGGUGAUGGGGUUCAGUGAGGAGGACAUUAGAGAUGUGUUCCAGCUGUUGUCAGCUGUGCUGCUGAUGGGCAACAUUGAGUUCAUGAUGGCCGGAGGAGCUCAGAUCACUUCUAAAGGAGUGGUCAGUAACGUGAGUGAGCUACUGGGUCUGGACUCCUUCCAGCUGUCUGAAGUUCUGACCCAGCGCUCCAUGAUCCUGAGAGGAGAAGAGAUCUGCUCCCCUCUCUCUAUCGAGCAGGCGGUGGACUCGCGGGACUCCGUUGCCAUGGCGCUGUACUCCCAGUGUUUUUCCUGGAUAAUCAUGAGGAUCAACCAGAAGAUCCGGGGGAAGGACAACUUCAAGUCCAUCGGCAUCCUGGACAUCUUUGGCUUUGAGAACUUUGAGGUGAACCGGUUUGAGCAGUUCAACAUCAACUACGCCAACGAGAAACUGCAGGAGUACUUCAACAAGCAUAUCUUCUCCCUGGAGCAACUGGAGUACAACAGGGAAGGGAUUCAGUGGGAAGCCAUCGACUGGAUGGAUAACGCUGAGUGCCUGGACCUCAUAGAGAAGAAACUGGGCAUGUUGGCUCUUAUCAACGAGGAGAGCCGCUUCCCUAAAGGCACAGACUACACCCUUCUGGAGAAACUCCACAGCCGGCAUGCAGCAAACUCCUACUACGUGAAGCCCAGGGUCACGGUCCACCAGUUUGGGAUCAAACACUACGCUGGAGAGGUGCUGUACGACGCACGUGGGAUCCUGGAGAAGAACAGAGACACAUUCAGAGAUGAUAUCCUGAACAUGCUGAAGGAGAGCAGGCUGGACUUCAUCUACGACCUGUUUGAGCUGGUGGGACCAGCAGGCAGGAACGGAGAGGAGACUCUGAAGAUGGGCACGGCCCGACGCAAGCCUACAGUCAGCUCCCAGUUCAGGGACUCCCUCCAUUCCCUGAUGGGCACUCUAAGUGCCUCCAACCCCUUCUUCGUCCGUUGCAUCAAACCCAACAUGGAGAAGAACGCCAAUGUGUUCGACCCGUCGGUGGUGCUCAACCAGCUGAGGUAUUCUGGAAUGUUGGAGACAGUGAAGAUCCGCAAGGCAGGCUUUCCGGUCCGCAGAACCUUCUCCGACUUCUACAGCAGGUACAGGAUGAUCCUGCUGGGCAGUAGCACAGCAGAUGAUGUGAGGAGGAGCUGCACAGAGCUGCUCUUUCAGCACGACCCGAGUAGAAGAGACUGGCAGCUUGGAAAGACAAAGUCUUCCUCCUGUGUUCUCCCAUACAGGAAACACUAUCAGAGGGUCCUAUCCAGCACUAUCACCAUCCAGAAGAACUACCGUGCCUUCUUCUGGAGACGAGGGUUCCUGCGCCUGCGUUCCACCGCCCUGAUUCUGCAGACGCAACACAGAGGACAGCGCCGUCGACGAUACCGCCAGCUCCUGGAGGAGAAGAGGAGGAGAGAGGAAGAGGAGAGGAAAAGAGAGGAGGAGGAGGAGAGGAGGCGAGUGGAGGAGGAGGAGAGGAAGCUGGAGGAGGAGGAGAGGAGGAGAGAGGAGGUGGAGAGACUGAGGCAGAUGGAGGAGGAGGACGGAAAGAGAAGCAGUAGAGUCCCUGCAACUCAACAGGAAGAGGAGGACUUACAUAGGAGAGAGGUGGAGCACAGAAAUUCUCUGUUGAAGAAUUCUGCUUGUCAAAAGAAGGCUGUGCCUGUGCCUGCGCCUGCCGGCCCCGCCCACACCUCCCUGGAGGAGAGCCGUCAGAUGGAGGAGAUCCUGCGUCUGGAGCGAGAGAUAGAGCGCCUGCAGCGCCAGCACGAGGACGGCGUCUCGUUGCAAGGGGACAUCUAGGAGGAGCGCCGGCAGCAGAGAGAUGCGGAGAUCUUCCGUCUGGAGAAGGAGGCGUCACGUGUGGCCACCGAGUUCCUGGAGCUCCUGGACUUUGGAGUGGAGCCAUCGCUGUCAAGCGAGGAGAAUCUCCAUGACGAUCCGUCCGACUCCAGCGCCCCUCUGGCCCGUGCUGAGGAGGAGGAGAAGGAGGAGAAGGAGGAGGACGAGGGCUUCCACGCUGAGGAGUGCAUCCCCCUUCCGGAGCUCCCUCCCCCUGCCAUCAGCACCCUGGACAGGGACGUCCUCCGCAGCCUCCCCCUUCCCCCGCCCACUUUGCUGAGAGAGUGCACCUCUCCUCCUCCUCUCCAUCCACCUGGCACCCCCCACCCCGCCAAUGUACGCCCCCCGCCUCCCCCUCCACCCACCUGUCCCCCCCCAGGCCUCACCAACGGGGACAGAUAUGCCUACUUCAAGGCCGGCAGGGCAUCAGACUACAAGUCAGCCAAUGAGGAGCCUUCGUUCAGCAUCCUGCCAGACACGGAGUCGGACUACGACCAGGAUGAGGAGAACCAGGGGAGCUCCACAGACGCAGCCAGCAACAACGAAGGCCAUGCCACGGGCCAGGACGCGCUGAGGAAAUCCUCCUGCACACAAAACAGCCUGGACUCCUUUAGGGGCAGCUCAGACUCAUUCAUUGACAGUGACGAGGACAUUGACGGCUAUGUGGACACAGAUGAGGAGGUGUCCAACGGGAGGAUCAGUCUGCUGAAUGGAAGCUCCCCACCAUACUUCCACAGCUACCUCUACAUGAAGGGAGGUCUGAUGCUCCCUUGGCGGAGACGCUGGUGUGUUCUGAAAGACGAGACAUUCAUGUGGUUCCGGGCCAAGCAGGACGCCCUCAAGUCUGGCUGGCUUUACAAGAAGGGUGGGGGGAUGUCCACGCUGUCCCGACGCAACUGGAAACAGCGCUGGUUUGUCCUGCGGGAGUCUAAGCUCCUGUACUUUGAGAACGACGGAGAGGAGAAACUGAAAGGAACCAUCGACAUCCGGGCCGCAAGAGACAUCGUGGACAACCACGAGAAGGAGAACGCUCUGAACAUUGUGACGGAGGAAAGGACCUAUCACAUCUAUGCAGAGACUCCUGAAGAUGCCAGUGGCUGGUUCAACGUGCUGAGCAGGGUCCACAGUGCCAGUCCAGAGCAGCUGGUGGACAUGCAUCAUGAGCAGGCAAACCCAAAGAACGCUGUGGGAACUCUGGAUGUUGGUUUGAUCGACUCAGUCUGUGCCUCAGACAACCCUGACAGGCCCAACUCUUUUGUGAUCAUCACAGCCAACCGGGUGAUCCACUGCAACUCUGACACCCCGGAGGAGAUGCACCACUGGAUCGGCCUGCUGCAAAAGCCCAAGGGAGACUCCAGGAUUGACGGCCAGGAGUUCCUGGUCAGAGGAUGGCUGCACAAGGAGCUGAGGUCUGGAGUGAAGAGCAGCUCUCUCAAGCUGAAGAAGCGCUGGUUCGUUCUGACGAGCAACUCUCUGGACUACUACAAGUCCUCGGAGCGGAGCUCCUCUAAGCUGGGGACGCUGGUCCUCAACAGCCUGUGUUCCGUCGUGCAGCCUGACGAGAAGGUCUUCAAGGACACCGGCUACUGGAACAUCAUCGUACACGGACGCAAGCACUCAUACCGCCUCUACACCAAGCUGCUGAACGAGGCCAUGAGGUGGGCCUCCGCAACCCAGGGAGCCAUCGACAGCAAGGUGCCCAUCGAGACACCAACCCAGCAGCUCAUCAGGGACAUCAAGGAGAGCAGUCUUAAUGUAGAGGCUGUGGAGCAGACCUACUGGAGGAACCCCAUCCUCAGAUAUACCCAGCAUCCUUUGCACUCCCCUCUGCUACCUCUGCCUUAUGGGGACGUCAGCAUCCACUUGCAAAACGAGAAGGGAUAUUCCAGCCUCCAGGAUGAGGCGGUGAAGAUCUUCAACUCUCUGCAGGAGAUGGAGGCUGUGUCGGACCCUGUGCCAAUCAUCCAGGGCAUCCUGCAGACCUGCCAGGACCUGCGGCCACUCCGGGACGAGGUCUACUGUCAGCUGAUCAAACAGACCAAUCAUGUCCCCCAGCCCAACAAUUCUGCCAAUCGCGCCCACUGGCACCUCCUCACCUGUAUGAGCUGCACCUUCCUGCCCAGCCGAGGCAUCCUGCGCUAUCUCAAGUUCCACCUCAAAAGGAUCAAGGAGCUGUACCCCUCCACUGAGAUCGAGCAGUUUGCCUUGUUCAUCGGAGAGUCCCUGAAGAGGACCAAGGCCAGGGAGUACGUUCCCUCCCAGGAGGAGAUUGCUGCCCUACUGAUCAGACAGGAGAUGACCACCACUGUGUACUGCCACGGAGGAGGCUCCUGCAAGAUCUCCAUCAACUCCCACACUACUGCUGGGGAGGUGGUGGAGAAGCUGAUCCGAGGUCUGGCCAUGGAGGACAGCAGGAAUAUGUUUGCUCUGUUUGAACACAACAACACGCUGGACCGCGCUGUGGAGAGCCGUGUCAUUGUGGCUGAUGUUCUCGCUAAGUUUGAGAGACUGUCAGGCAGUGAGGAGGUGGAGGAGGAGGGCCAGUGGAGACUCUACUUUAAACUCUACUGCUUCCUGGAUGUGGAGAGCAUGCCCAAGGAAGGAGUGGAGUUUGCCUUUAUGUUUGAACAGGCACAUGAGAGCCUGACCAGCGGACACUUCCCGGCGCCCGAGGACACCCUCCAGCACCUGGCCGCACUGCGCUUGCAGUUCCUCCACGGGGACAAGACCCGGCUCAGCUGGGCGCUGGACGCCGUCUACCCUGUGGGCCGCCUGCGCACCCGCAUCCUGCACUUCACCAAGGUGGGCGGGGCCGGCGGGGCAGGACCGGCGGGGCAGACAGGACACACUCUGGAGCGACGGAGAACCAGCUUCCUGGACGGGACGCUGAGGCGGGGCCUGAAGACAGGCUCCAUGAAGAAGCAGAGGAUGGAGGAGGAGCUGAUGCUGGAGAUGUGGGUGAAGGAGGAGACGUCAGCCACCAGGACCAGCAUCCUGGAGAAGUGGUCCAGGCUGACUGGGCUGGACCAGCACCAGGCUAUGCUCAAAUACAUGACCAUCAUCAAUGAGUGGCACGGAUACGGAUCCACGCUCUUCGACGUGGAGUGUAAAGAGGGAGGUUUUCCUCAUGACCUGUGGCUGAGUGUGAGUGCUGAGAACGUGUCUGUCUAUAAGAGAGGAGAGUCUCGUCCACUGGAGACCUUCCCCUAUGAACACAUCAUCUUCUUCGGCGCUCCACAACCCAACACCUAUAAGAUCACCGUGGACGAGAGAGAGAUGUUCUUUGAAACCAGACAGGUGGGAGAGAUCACCAAGAUCAUGAAGGCCUACAUCAACAUGAUUGUGAAAAAGCGCAGCAGUUUCAGAUCCAUGUCCAGCUACGGAACCAACUGGAUCAGAUGAGGGAUGCCACCAGGACGGGGUCCUCCAGAGACAGGCCUUGAGACAAGAGGAGCGGACGUCCACUGCCCAGGGGGGAUGGCAGAUUCCCACCAGAGAGAAUCUCUACCACAUACUUGUUCUGAUAGAGAGGUGUUGGUGCUCCUCAUUGCAUAUGCAAACCUGAUAUUGUAGUAUUGGCUGCUGUCUUCACCUCAUCAGUAUGAUGCUUCACUUUAGCUGAACAUCUUCUGUUAUGUACACAGCCUUGAUAUAGGGAUAUUACAUUAGCAAAUAUCACCCCUACAUUUCAGUUCUACAUUUUCACAUCUGCAUUAGAUUACGAUGCAAGGAAGAUCCUCCCCUCAUAAGACUCUGUUUAUGGUUUCACAGUGGCAUAAUAAGGCUCUGUUGACCAAAGUGUUGCUGAACCACACAGGUAAACCUUACAUGUUCUUUGUGUAGAUUCCGCCACUGAUCAUAAGUACAGGUUAUCCUGCUUGGAGAGUCCCUCAGGUUUCAACAGGCAACACAACUGUUGUCAUCACACUUGGGGAUGGUAACCUUCCUCAAUGCUAACGCUAGCGCUAAUGCUAACGCCUUAAGUAGUAUUACAGCUUCCCACGGCUAUUUAGGACAGGCAGCAAGUCUUAGUCCUGGCAUUGCACUUCACUUCUGGAGGACUGAAAGGUGUUUGAUUAUGACAUCCUGGGUGCAUCUGGGUGGCAAAGGGAUACAAGUAAAAUGUGCCUAAAAAAAAAUCUGUCUUUAGUGAAAUGACAAUUUUUUUAAUUUUGUUUUUUACAGUUUAGUUGAACAAACCAAUAGAUUCCCAGCACCUCAUAUGACUGUUUCCACAACGUAGCAACGUUCACUAAAGGCACUGGCUUCAAGUUAUGAUUUUCUUUGCAUGAAACAAGUAUAGAACUAGUCCUCUGUAUUUAACUUUGAUUUUAAAUCUGUUAUCUCAAGUGAAAUGUUUUAUGACAAACUGUUUAAAGAGAACAAGCACAUAUUGCUUUGUACAUCCAUUACUGAAGGAAGAUAUUAUUUGUGUCAAAUGUUGGAGUGUGUCUAAGAUUGGGGGAGGGCAGGGUAUUUAUUAAAUGUCAUGCUGAUGAUGGGAGAGAGAGAAAGAAAACACACUCAUCAAAAGUCAAUACAGAGAGUAUAGUAUAACAAAUCUAUCAAAAACUGCACGUAUAAACAUAACAAUACCCCCAAAUUAACUGAAAUCUGGUUAUCAGGUGUUCAUUCUUCUUUUAACUGUGGAUCAGAUCUAUGGCAUGAAUCUUUACCUCACACUCAGCAUCACUGACCCACCUGUGAUCCAUGGCUCUCCUCUCUCAUCGACUAAUCUGGUCUGCUGCCGGCAGCUAUACCAGAGCUCAUAGCUUCCCAUUUAUAAUGACUGAACUAAUAUCAUUUCUGCUUGUUUGGAGUAAAACGAAUCACAAAAUGAUGUUUUAUAACUGGAUUUUAAAAUUCUUUAAUAAAUUAUUGUAUUUCAUAAGUA